AUGGCGUGCCGACUUAAGGGAAAAGUGGCCACCAUUACCGGAUCAUAUUCAGGCCUUGGGCGAGCAAUUGUGCUUGCAUACGCGGCUGAAGGCGCUGCAAUCUUCUCCGACUCGAUCCAUAACCGCACACUCGAGCCGACUACGCUCGAGGAGCUCUGCAGGCUUUAUCCAGGAAGGGAGCAUAUGUUUGUCAAGGUGGAUGUGACCAAAGCCAACGACAUGCGCAACGGCAUCGCGCUUUGUGUGAAGAAGACUUUCGAUGAUACGAUGGUGACGAACGCGAAAAGAGUCUUUUUGGGAUGCAAAUAUGCUAUCAGGCAGAUGGUGCUUCAAAAGCCUUUGCCGGACACCUCCUACUGCGCCUCGAAAGGUGCCGUUAUCCAAUUGACUCGGCAAAUUGCUCUGAAUUAUGCGGGAUCGAAAAUCCAUUCCAACUGCCUUUGUCCUGGGUUCCUCAUAACCGCUAUGACGCAGCACGUACAAAGUGACCCUUUAGAAGCUGCGCAAAUGUCGAAGGACCACCCGCUCCGUGGACUGGGCAAGCCGGAAAACGUUGCCAGAGCUGCCGUGUUCUUGGCCAGCGAGGAUGUGCGAUGGAUGACAGGUCCCGUGCUGCCUGUUGAUGGUGGAUAUACUUGUCAUUAGAAUUGGCAGGUCUGAAAUGUUUGGGAAUGGCAGACUCAAAUAUGAAAAUUAAUAUAAUCCAAGGAAGAUUAGAGACGGCAGAUGGGGCCGGCUUUUCUGUCGCCCAUUCUUCAUUAUGGGUGCGACACACCAUUCACU